CCCAGCAUUGUGGGUAUGAAUCAAGAUGGCGGCACCCAUAUUGAAGUGGAAGCGGGUGACAAACACAACUGGCCCUGCUCCACGGCCUCGUCACGGCCAUCGAGCAGUCGCUAUCAAAGAUUUAAUGAUAGUAUUCGGCGGCGGCAACGAAGGGAUAGUGGAUGAACUUCACGUCUACAACACAUCGACCAACCAGUGGUUUGUGCCCCCGGUGAAGGGGGACAUCCCCCCUGGCUGCGCCGCAUACGGCUUUGUCUGCGACGGCACCCGUCUGCUGGUGUUUGGGGGCAUGGUGGAGUACGGGAAGUACUCCAACGAGCUGUAUGAGCUACAGGCGAGCCGCUGGGAAUGGAAGCGGCUCAAGCCCAGGCCCCCGAGGGGCAGCCCGGGCCCCCCCUGCCCCCGCCUGGGCCACAGCUUCACCCUCAUCGGCAACAAGGCCUUCCUCUUCGGGGGGCUGGCCAACGACAGCGAUGACCCCAAGAACAACAUCCCCAGAUACCUGAACGACCUGUACACCCUGGAGCUGCGCCCGUUCUCCUCGAGCAUGGCCUGGGACGUGCCACAGGUGUUUGGACAGCCGCCCCCGCCCCGGGAGUCGCACACGGCGGUGGCCUACCAGACGCGGGAGGGGCGCCAGGCACGGCUGAUCGUGUAUGGGGGCAUGAGUGGCUGCCGCCUGGGCGACCUCUGGCAGCUGGACGUGGAGUCGAUGAGCUGGAGCAAGCCCAGCGUGCUGGGUCUGGCCCCGCUGCCCCGCAGCCUGCACUCGGCCACCCUCAUCGGCCAGCGCAUGUUCGUCUUCGGCGGCUGGGUGCCCCUGGUCAUGGACGAGAACAAGGCCUCCACCCACGAGAAGGAGUGGAAGUGCACCAACACCCUGGCCUCCCUCAACCUGGAGACCAUGACCUGGGAGCCCCUGGCCAUGGAGGUGUUCGAGGACGCAGUGCCCAGGGCUCGUGCGGGGCACUGCUCGGUGGCCAUCAACUCUCGCCUCUACAUUUGGAGCGGCCGGGACGGAUAUCGCAAGGCCUGGAACAACCAGGUGUGCUGCAAAGACCUCUGGUACCUGGAGACGGAGAAGCCGCCGCCUCCCACCCGGGUGCAGCUGGUCCGGGCGUCCACCGCCACCCUCGAGGUCUGCUGGGGCUCCGUGCCCACGGCGGACGCGUACCUGCUGCAGCUGCAACGCUACGACGUGCCCCCGACGAGCGCGGUACCCCCAAUGGCGGCGGCACCUCCCACAACGCCGGUGGCGCCGGCGGCACCCGUGACGCCAGUGGCCGCCCCACCCGUGGCACCCGUCCCGGUGACACCCACACGCCCCACACCGGUGGCGGUAAGCCCUGUGGUCACCCCUCGGGUCGUGACACCCAUGGCGGCCGCCCAGCACGUGCUCAGGACUCCGACGGCUGCGCAGGCAAUUCGGGCACCGGCAGUGCAGACCCAGCAGCAUGCGACGCCGCAAACCACCACCAUUCGUGUGCCAGCCUCCUCAGCGGGCUCCCUGGCUGCGGGCCUCAGAGGCACUGUGACCCUGGUGCGCACCCGUUCUCCCGGCGUCGCGGGCCAACAGCAGAUCCGGGUGAUCGCCACGACGCCCACGGGGCAGCAGGUGGUGAAGACCGUCACGGGCACCUUGCCCUCCGGAGUGAGCGGUCUUUUGAGCCGCUCUCCUCGGCCGCCGACGCAGCAGCCCGUGGCAACGGUGGCGGCCGGCGCGGCCGGCGGCCAGCCCAUGUCGGGCAUGGCGGCACUGGCAGCGGCGGCGGCGGCCACCCAGAAGAUGACGACGACCACCUCGGCGGCGACCCCGGCCAGUCCGUCGGCGGGCAUCCGUGUGGUGUCCCCUUCGGUGCUGAGCCAGCAGGGCCUCAAGCUGGGCACCCUCCAGGGCGGGGCUGGGCAGACGGUGCGGCUGGCAGCGCCCGGCACACUGCUCAAGACGGGUGGCAAGCAGAUCAUUACGGUGCACAAGGCGGGGGCCACCCCAGGGGCCUCCUCUCAGCCCCAGAUCGUCACCCUGGUCAAGACCACCCAAGGGGUCACCCUGGCCACGAUGCCCAAGGUGAGCCUGAUUCAAGGCAAGGCUGGCAUGCAGGCACAGCAGAUUCAGGGCAAGGGGAUGAUCCCCCAAGGUGCCACCAUCGUGAAGCUGGUGACCACCCAGGCAGGAGCGGGUGGCAAGCCCCAGGCCACCCUCCUCACCUCCCAGGCCGGUGCGACGGGCCAGCCCACCCUCUUGGGACUCACCUCGGCGGGUGCCGGCGGGGGUAGCCCCAAGGUGAUAACAACGAUCCUGCGCACGCUGCCCUCCAACAUGGUGACGGUGGCCAAGGCGGGCAUGGCUGGGGGAACGGUGAGCGCCAGCGGCACGGCGGGCGGCCCCAAACAGCAGACAAUCGUGAUAGCGGCGCCCAAGGGGGCCCAGGGCGGGGCCAAGCUUCUGGGCCAGGCCCAGGGACUCAAGGGGGCCCAGGCGGGGCAGCAGAUCCUGGUGGUCACCACCCACCCGCAGGGCAAGGCCACCGUCGUCGGCACCGCACCGGCCACCUCGGAGGCCGGCAAGGCCAAGACGGGCACGACAUCUGUGAACGUGCUGCCCAUCUCGGCGGGAGCCCAGCUCAACUCUGUGACCUCUGCCAGCGGGGUCAAGAUGAUUGUGGUCUCGUCUUCGGGACUGACGGGGCAGCAGGCGUUCACCAUCCUCACCACUGCAGCCCCAACACGCACUCAGCUGACGAGCAGCACCUCGCCUAUCACCAUCACAAUGCCAGCGUCCCGUGGCACCAGUGCCCUGACCAUGCCGGCCAAGACCCUUGCCGGGAGCACUAUCCAGCUGCAGGGCACAGGCACGGCCGGCACCCAGCAGAUUGUGGCCCUGCCGGCCCAGGGGCUACUUCCUAGCGGUGCCCAGGCCAUCACCAUCCAGACCAAGCCCGGUGCCAGCCCGUCCCAGAAGGUUCUCACCAUCGUGGGCACCUCAGCCUCCGCCGCCUCCACGCCCACCCUCGCCAGGGUGGCCGGACACCAGGGGGUCACCGUGGUCACCACACAGGCACUGAGCAGCCUGCCCAUCUCUGCGGCCACGUCGAGCGGCAAGGUGAUGCUGAUGACGGCGGCGGGACAGGGCAGCGGUGUCGGCGGCUCCACCACCACGGUUUCCGGAGGGGUGACUUACACCACCAUUCCGGCCUCUGCCCUGAGACUAGUCGAAGCGGCAGCUGCGGAGUCCGCAGAGGCAGCAGAAUCUCGGGCGGAUGAAGCUGCCAAUGCAGCGGCAGUGCUUGAAAGCGACCUGCAGGGCAUGGAAACAGACGCAGACAGUACCACGGACCCAGCCAUGAUGCAGUCGGCACAGGCCCUUCUGGAUACCAUGGUGCCGGUGAAGAUUACAGCUGAAAGCGCGGAGGUCUGCGACGACGGUGUCCACUGCGGCGAGAAUGACGUGUGUGACGACGGAAUGCAUUGUGACCCACAGCCCGCCUGCACAGAUGGAAUCCAUUGUGGUACUCCAGAACCUUGUACUGAUGGUGUACAUUGUGGUACUCCUGAGCCCUGUACAGACGGUGUUCAUUGCGGAACUCCGGAACCCUGUACCGACGGUAUUCACUGCGGUACUCCAGAGCCCUGUAUGGAUGGUAUCCACUGUGGAACUCCUGAACCCUGCACCGAUGGUGUCCAUUGUGGAACUCCAGAACCCUGUACAGAUGGAAUUCACUGCGGUACUCCAGAGCCCUGUAUGGAUGGUAUCCACUGCGGAACUCCUGAACCCUGCACUGAUGGUGUCCACUGCGGUACUCCCGAACCCUGUACAGACGGCCUCCAUUGUGGAACUCCAGAACCCUGCACCGAUGGCAUCCACUGUGGUACUCCAGAACCCUGUACAGAUGGAAUCCACUGUGGAACUCCAGAGCCCUGCACCGACGGUAUCCACUGUGGUACUCCAGAACCUUGUACAGAUGGUAUCCAUUGUGGAACUCCAGAGCCCUGCUCAGAUGGAAUCCACUGUGGUACUCCUGAACCCUGCACUGAUGGCAUCCAUUGUGGUACUCCAGAGCCCUGUACAGAUGGCAUUCAUUGUGGAACUCCAGAACCUUGCACCGACGGUAUCCACUGUGGUACUCCAGAGCCCUGUACAGAUGGUAUCCACUGCGGUACUCCAGAGCCCUGCACCGACGGUAUUCACUGUGGAACUCCAGAGCCCUGUACAGAUGGUAUCCACUGUGGUACUCCAGAGCCUUGUACCGACGGCAUCCACUGUGGCAUCCCCAAGAAAAGUGACUGUACAGACGGCAUCCAUUGCAGCACACCGAAGCGCAGUGGCAUGCUCUCUAGGAAAGCGUCUCACAGCCUGGCUGUGUGCGUGGUGGCAUGCUCAGACGAGGGAGAGGGCACCGGAGAGGGCGGGGAAGAGCAGACGACUUCUGGCGACCAGCAGGGCGAAGGAGAGGGAGGUGAUGCGGGGGGAGGGGGAGGGGAGGAGGCCCCACCCCCGCAGGAAGAGGCGGAGUCUCAGGGAGGAGGAGCCGCCGGGGGCGCGGGGGGAGACGAAGGGGACGACCAGAAGCCGCCACCGAGCGGCGCUGGAGAUGCAGCUGACGAGGCCGCCCAGCCGGAGGGUGAGGAUCAGGAGCAAGAGGAGGAGAAAGAAGAGCAGAAAGACGCAGGGGACACAGAGGCAGGGGAGAAGGUAGGGGAGGGCGGCAAGGCCCUCUCGCUGGAGACCCCCGGGGCCCUGCCCCCUGCCCAGAUGUGCGUGGACGACCCGCCCGCCAGGACCGCCGCCGCACAGGGGGCCAAGGCUGAGGCCGAGGCUGAAGCUGCGCAGGAGGCCACGCCGGAAGAAGCAGCCGCCGCGCCCGUUGAGGCUGCGGCCCCGGAGGAGGAGACCGCUGUUGCACCGGAGCAAGCGGCACCGGUGGAACCGCCUCCUGAGGAGCCCAUGGACACAACGGAGCCACCCGCUGCUGACCUGCCUGCGCCACCAGUCGAGGCGCUCAACGAACCCACGGACCCCCUGUCCACUCUGGCGUCGGCCGCGAUGUCCACCACGAUGCCCGUCACAACGCCGGUGGUCCAGCCGGAACCACCCCCGGUGGCACCGGCACCCAAGAGCGUCGCCCUGCCCGUGCUCAAGCCCGCCGCAUCACCCGCCCCGCCGCAGGUGGCCGCCGCCGCGACCAACGGCGUGGCCAUCAAGACCGAAGACGGCGCGGAAACCAAGCCGGCAAUCCAGGAGGCAGUAGCGAAGCCGUCUCCGGCCAAGCGGGACGGCAUGUGGUUUGACGUGGGCAUCUUCAAGGAGACCUCCUGCCUGGUCUCGCAUUUUUACUUGCCAUCGGAGCAGACGGAACGCAAGGACGACGACGUGGAUGUGGUGUCUGUCCCAGACCACUCGAUGCUGCAGAAGCAGGAGCUGCUGCCAGGCACGGCCUACAAGUUCCGGGUGGCGGCCAUCAAUGCCUGUGGCCGGGGGCCCUGGAGCGAGGUGUCCGCCUUCAAGACUUGCCUGCCGGGCUACCCGGGGGCCCCGUCCGCCAUCAAGAUCAGCAAGGGCCCCGACGGAGCCCACCUGUCCUGGGAGGCACCCCAGGGGAACCCCGGGGACGUGACGGAGUACUCGGUGUACCUGGCGGUGCGCUCUGCCACAACGGGCGACGGGGCGGGCUCGGCCAAGACGGUGACCUCGAACCCGUCCCAGCUGGCCUUUGUGCGCGUCUACUGCGGGCCCCAGGCCGCCUGCACGGUGCCCUCGGCCUCCCUGGCCUCGGCGCACGUCGACAUGACCAGCAAGCCCGCCAUCAUCUUCCGCAUCGCCGCACGCAACGACAAGGGCUACGGGCCGGCCACCCAAGUCCGCUGGCUGCAGGAUGGAAUGACUCCCGCGGGCGGACGCGGCGGUGCUGGAGCUACAAAGAGACCCACCUCAGAAGGGAAAGGGGCAGCCGCCAAGAAGGCCAAAAACGAGGACUCCUGAACACGAACGACGACGACAGAACUGGCAUCGUUUUAACCCUCCAUUUUUUUUUAUCCAGUUGCGCAUUGUUAUUUUUUCGUUGUCGUUUUUUUGUGUCCUCCACGCUGGGAUUUGUUUUUUGGGGAGAAAAUCUCGACAAGCUGCCCUCUCUCCUUCCGAUAGACCCUCUGAGGGUGUGUUGACUGGUCCCCCUUCCUUUCUUGCACGUUUCCUUUCUUCGGUAAAUAGCGUGUCUCUUCCGUUUACCCUUGGUUCCUCUUCGUCCUCUUUGGGCACACCACCACUACAUUUUGCGGCAUAGCACGCGGAUUACCCCGGCAUUCUCUAUAUCUUCAGACUUUUUCAUCCGCUGUACAUAAAAGCUUCGGAUUUUAGCUGCGGCGACGUCCCCUCGGUCCGUCGACGACGACCGGCCGUUGGGUUCACCGGUAGAUUGCAUUCGCGAGCUGGUUCCCUUUUUUCUCCCCCGUCUCCGCUGCCUCCUUCGCGACUACGGAUAUUCAUUUUUGCAGUAGCUGCAGAACCCCCGGCGAUACCCGCACUCGAAACGUAUUUCGGUGAACUUUCUUUUUGUCCUUUUUUUGGGGUCUCUUGUUUUGUUUUGUCUGUCAAUCAUCUCUGCAGCACUUCUUAUCAUAAUUCUGCAGUCAGGCACACAUAGCUUUAACAUUUAGAGUGUGCACUCCCACGUGAGGAGAAGAGGGGAAAAAGUUUGACAACAAUGUUCACCUCAGAACUGUAUAUAGCACUACAUUUUCGUCCCGUUGUUCCUUCCCCUUCGUUAUGUUCCGUUUGUCGUUUUCUUUUUAAUCGCAUUCAUUGGCACCAAAAUUUGACCUGUUGUUCUUUUUGUAUAGCAUGCAACAACGGACAGAAAAAAUAUUUUGAGAGAUCCUUUUUUUUUUGUGUGUUGUACAGUGUUUAGAGCUGAUUUGUCAGAGAUGAUUCAUGCCACAAAGGUGACAGUCCGACUGGGUGUCCCCUACCCCUGUAGGUGCCACCCCACCAGGGUGGCCUUCUGCCCACCAUCUAUUUUUUUUUUAAGUGCAUCAGCAUGUUGCUUGUCUACCUACCCAAAUCAUCACUGUUUUUGUUUUUGUGAGAAAUAAAGCAGUUGUAGACUUUUACAGGAA